AUGGCCUGGUCUCUGGCACAUGAAACUAGCAGCGCCCAAUCUCCCCACCUCCGCCUCUGGGAGCUCGCGGGCAUCUACUCGGGUCUCACCGUGCAGGAUGAUGAGGUGUCGGUCAAGGAGGAUGAGGUCAAUGCUCUCAUUAAAACAUUGGGUGUAAAUGUUGAAUCUUUCUGGCCAGGCUUGUUUGCAAAGGCCCUGGCCCACGUCAACAUCGUCAACAUCAGGAGCCUUGUCCAUAAGGUGGGGGCUGGUGGUUCUGUCCCAGCAGCUGGGCCUGCCCCCUCCACCAUUGCUGCCCCAACUGAGGAGAAGAAAGUGGAAGCAAAGAAAGAAGAAUCAGAGGAGUCUGAUGAUGAUGUGGGCUUUAGUCUUUUGACUAAAUCUCUUCUUUAACCUGUUCAAUAAAAAGCUGAACUCUUAUAAAU